AUGAAGGCACAACAAAAGGCAGCAGCCGAGAGGCAGAAGGUUGUGGCUGCGUUUGAGCGACUGCGCCGGUUUCUGGAGGAACAAGAGCGACUCGUGCUGGCCAAGCUGGGAGAGGUGGAGAGCAGGAUUGAGAAGAGUCAGGGGGAGACUGUCACCCAACUCUCCGAGGAGAUUUCCCAUCUCACCAACCGGAUCAGGGAGCUGGAGGGGAAGUGCCAGCAGGCCGCCAGUGACCUCCUGCAGGACAUGAGGAGCACGCUGAGCAGGUGCAGGAAGGAGCAGUUCCAGCUGCCAGAGGGGAUUUGCUCAGAGCUGGAAACAAGACUCAGCAUGUUGUCUGGACAAACGCUAGCUCUACAGGAGACUUUGAAGAAGUUUCAAGAGACUCUGCCGUCCACCUUGGAGAAGGGCAAAAGGGUACCAGAGGGAUCAUACACUAAGGCGACGGUGACUCUGGAUCCGGACACGGCAAAUCCCCACCUCGUCCUGUCUGCAGAUCGGAGAAGUGUGAGAUGGACGAACAAACGGCAGCAACUGCCUGACAAUCCUGAGAGAUUUGAUGUGAACCAGUGUGUGCUGGGCCGGGAGGGAUUCACCUCCGGGAGACACUGCUGGGAGGUGGAGGUGUGGCAGAGGGACUGGGCCGUGGGGGUCACCAGAGAGUCUGUGAGGAGGAAGGGAGGGAUCAGAUUUAGCCCCGAGGAGGGGAUCUGGGCAGUGCAGCGCUGUGGGGAUCAGGUCUGGGCUCUCACGGCCCCUGCUCCCACCCCCCUGUCCCUGCGCCGGGCGCCCAGGAGGGUGCGGGUCUGUCUGGACUGUGCGGGGGGGCAGGUGUCGUUUCUCGAUGCUGACACCAAGGCCCCGAUCUUCACCUUCCCGCCGGCCUCCUUCGCUGGGGGCAGAAUCCGGCCCUGGUUCUCGCUCUGGCCUUGGUCCGAGCUGACACUGUGCCAUUGAGUGAUGGGGAACAGCCGGGGAACGGACCCCCCACGCGGGGAAAUGGGCCGCUCUGGCUUCUUAUUCUCUGUGACCCUCAAGGAGUCCCGUCUACCCGCCCCGUCCCCUCCUCUCUGCCCCGGGAGCUGCCCAAGUGAAAGAUGCCGUCUGCACCGACAAGCCCAUCCCGUUGCACCGACCGAUCUGUCCCGGCACUCGGUGGCCCUGGGGGAGUCGAGCGCGGCCACCAGCACGGACCCUUGAGGACGCCGCCCCAGCGAUGACUCUGAAACCCGUGCUAAGCUUGGGCCUGCUCACAAAAGUGAAAAUACAGAAUACGGAUGCUAACUGCAUGUGGCAAGAGGAUGUGAGUUCAUGGCUAGGCCAUCCGAGAAGGGAUAAUGAAGUAUCUCCUUGGCUCAUCUUGCUCUGUUUAGGAUGAUUUCAGGCAGACUCCUAGCUGUCUGGUGUAACCAUAUGAAAUGUCUAUCCUUGAUUAAUUACUAUGGUAAAUAUUUCUUUUGCGACUAAGUCGUGUUUAUGUGCAGGAAGAGACAUUCGCCGUAUGUGAUAGAUGUCUCCUCCUGAUUCAGUGUGUUUUUCCUGGCUGUUAAUCGGUUUCUUGAUAUGUUUCAAACCGGAUCACCUCUUCUUACCGAAGAAGGUAACUCAUUCGAAUUAGAAACUUCUGAUAACCAGUGAUGAGCAGGUUUUUCCCGUCAAUUAUUGCUUGGGACUCUCUUGAUUUGCACAACCAAAAUAAUGCUUUGAAGAUGCUAAACUAAAGGGAGAAAAAGGCAGUAAAACAGCAAACAGCGCGCGCUUCAAGAGUGAGAAAUCUCUCUGACACCAGUUGCUGAUGCGCCCGAAUUAUUCAAGAAGUUGAAGAGAAACAGACCGCUGCUUCAUUGCCUGUUUGGUGAGAAAUCAUCACUUUAUGGCUAAUUACUGGACUUUGCUUUGGUUUGGGCUCAGUCGACUUGAUUUUAAAUACUUGUAGUAAAUAAAGCCUUUCUGUCACUCAUCGAA